AUGGAAAAACUCGAAUUAAAGGACAUAGACGUUAGUGGGAAACGCGUUCUCGUACGGGUAGACUUCAAUGUCCCAAUGAAAGACGGGAAGAUUACAGAUGAAACCCGUAUCACCGCCGCUUUGCCGACACUCUUCGCACUCAUCAACGCCGAUGCCAAAAUUAUCCUUGUAACACAUUUAGGUAGGCCCGAGGUAGGUUCGGCGGCUGACCGGAAAACGCUUUCGACUGAACCAAUCGCUAUAGCUCUCAGCCGCAAACUCGGCACACGUGUCGCACAUGUCAAUGAUUGCAUCGGUGAGUCGGUGCAAAGUGCGGUUGCGUCAAUGCGUAACGGAGAAGUUCUGCUCCUUGAGAAUGUCCGAUUCUACGCCGAGGAAACUGCGAACGACACGGCAUUCGCUGCGCAACUUGCCUCACUCGCAGAUGUCUAUGUGAAUGAUGCCUUCGGUACAGCACAUCGUGCCCAUGCAUCAACGGAGGGAGUAACCCACUAUCUUAGUCCGUGUGCCGUUGGACUCUUGAUGGCACGCGAAAUUUAUUAUCUCAGCACUACGCUUGAAAAUCCUGCACGUCCCUAUGUCGCUAUUCUCGGUGGCGCGAAAAUAUCCGACAAAAUCACGCUGAUCGAAAACCUCCUUGGAAAGGUUGAUAAACUUCUCAUCGGUGGAGGCAUGGCAUACACAUUUUUGUCGGUGAUGGGAUUCAGUAUCGGCGACUCAAUUGUCGAAACUGAGAAACUUGACGUUGCAAAAUCAUUAGUCGAAAGGGAAGGUUUCUCGGAUUCCGUCAUACUACCGCUGGACCACGUUGUGGGAAAAGCCUUUGACCCUGAAACCGAAUCGCAGAUUGUGGACAAAGGGAAUAUCUCGGAUGGAUGGCAAGGGUUGGAUAUCGGUCCCGAAACCGUAUCGGUUUUUGGUAAACAGCUUGAAACAGCAAAAACUGUGGUGUGGAACGGUCCUUUAGGGGUCUAUGAAUUUGAAAAGUUUGCCCAAGGCACGAUUUCGGUCGCAAAGCAGAUUGCAGAUUCGGAGUCGGUGAGCAUCAUCGGCGGUGGCGAUUGUGUCGCGGCGAUACAACAAGCAGGGGUCGCGGAUCGAAUGACGCAUAUCUCAACGGGAGGCGGUGCCUCCUUGGAGUUUUUAGAAGGAAAAUCUCUACCGGGUAUCAUUGCUUUAACGGACAACUAA